AUGCGAGUGUCGAAUCCUCUGUAUACUGCUGUCGAUGUUGCGAAAUCUGGAACUCGAAAUAUGUCCUCUGCCUUCAACGCCCCAUCUUCCACAUCUCCUUUCACCUUGUCCUUGAUUGCCACUCCAGAUUGGCGAAAUGCGUAUGUCACAUGGCAGUGGGCUUGGCAAAUACAUGUAUAUACGAUCGCUACCAUUUUUUAUAUCCUCUCUCUUUUCUGUCUUCUCUCAUUACUUCGCGGCAGGAAACGACUCCGUAAAAAAAAGCCGUUAGGUCUUAUCCUCGGAUUUCUGUUCCUCACUGGUGCCUUUCGUGGGACGUACUUUGUGCUAGAUCCGUAUGGCUCACAACGACUCCUACCUAUCGUUGUUCGCCAGUUACUUUUCGAUUCUAUCUACCCAUGCCUAACCACCUGUUAUAGUGUCGUCCAGAUGAUGAUUUUGAAAAUUACCAAGGUGGACGUUGGCCCGACAAAAAUCGCAAAUAAACGAUUCUUAGUAGGUGUGACCAGCCUGUAUUUUGCCUCGUUGACCGCGGUUGAAAUUACUGUCGGCAUUCGACCAGACUUUCGAUUGCUUCUCCUUGUCCCACACGGUUUUUUCAUCACCUGGUCAAUGUAUCUUUGUGUCACGUUUAUAUACAACGGAUUUAAGCUGAUGCACUAUGUAGCAGAAAUAAAAAAAGCCCGCAAAGAACUAAGCAGCUACAGUCUUGCUAAAAGAUCAUGCAGUAAUGAAAACUUCAUAACCCGUUCAGUGACGAUCCAGAGAUUAAACAAGCCUCAAAUAAGAAUUACUGAUGAAGAUAAUCAAACAUACAGCAUUGUCAGUGACGACGAAUCCACUAUUUCGGACCUGAAUGAAAUGUCUGUGUUCCAGCCGAACACCAUUAAUAGUGACUUGAAAAAAAUAGCCAAUAAAGUUGGUCAUAUGAUAGAUCAGACAAUGCUGAUUAAAUCGCAAUCUACAGAUGUUCAUUUCCUUAUGGAUGACUCGAACGGCACUGAAACAACUGCAAUAGAAACACCAGCACAGGAAAUGUGUGAACUCCACCAUUGUGACAAUGUUGAUAUUGAACAAAUUGUCACAAGUGACGCCGCUUCUAUGUCCGGUAGUGUUAUUUGUGGUGGUGGCAACAGGGAAAGAGAUGACGAAAGGUGUGGGAUGGUAAAUAUACUGUGUCCCCAACUUCUCCAGCAACAACAUUCACAAAGUAAACAAUAUCAUCAACUUCAUCAGCUAAACCACAUACACCAUCAGCAGCCAAAUCUUUACAGUAAGCCCCCAAACCAUUUAAACCAUCAGAUUCACGACAGCAACCGCUCGUCUCACCAGCAAAGUUUUAAACAUAAUCUCAACUGUGAAGACUCGCUAGACGAUGAAACUGAAUUCAAGGGAUGCGCAAACACAUUCCGAGCAGGCUGGUGUAGUAUUUCAGCCCUUUUGCAUCGCACGCCUUCGUCGGAUAUUACCGAAGGAGAUGAGUCCUUUUUAGUAGACAAUGGCUACAUGGCCGACACAGAGGUGCCGUCCUCAAACAGCGAAAGUAAAAAAUAUAAACAGUGCCGCCGAAAGUGCUCAGCUGAUCAGUCAGAUCCCCGUGACGCCGAUAGCGUGGAAACCCCAUUACCCUUGGGCACAACAUGGCACCCACAGCUCUUAGCAUCAAGCCCCUCCACACUUAGUCUACAUCGCAUCCGGCAAAGCAGGAUGCUUCAUCGAGUGAUGCAUUUGACUUAUUUUACUACAUUCUUACUCAUAGUCGCCUGCCUUUUCCAACUAUACGCCUUGUUUGGAAUUUAUGGCUUAUUUUCAAGGAUUUCAAAUCCUGAUCCAUGGCCAUGGCUUAUUUUCCAGUCAUUUUACAGACUAACGGAGUUCGGAAUGGGAACUUGUAUGGCAGGAGCAGUUCACUUGAUUAUCUCUCACAAAAUUCGGACUUCGACAAAUCGAAAAGGACGUUAUAAACUAUUCGAAUCCAUUGAAGAUAUUUGGAAGCGGAAAAGCCUUGUUUUUCAACUAACCACAUUCUUUUUGUUUGCUUUCUUAUUUAUUUUGUUGUUUUCUUUCAUUGUUUCCUUUUUAUUUUCUUUUUGGUUAGAUUUUGUUUUCAUAUUUUGUUCUUAUUUUAUAUUGUUUUCUUCCUUUCGUAUUUUUUUCUUUCUUUCUUUUCCUACUGUUUCAUGUAAACGUCCUUUUCUUUCUCUCAUUCUCUAUUCCCGCUGUUCUUUGAUAGCUAUCUUCCUUCUCUUAUACUUCAUUAUUCUAUGUUAUCUCUCCUAUUUCCUUUAUCAAUCUCUCUCCCACUCUCUUUCUCUCUCUCUCUCUCUCUCUCUCUCUCUCUCUCUCUCUCUCUCUCUCUCUCUCUAUUUAUUUCCAUUCAUAUUUCUUUUUGGUGGCUUAUUUGCCACAUUUCUCUUUACUUUUUCACUUACUUUGUCUCUUUUAAUUUCUCUUUUUUUUCUUUUUUCGUUCCUUAAUUUUUUUCGAUGUAUCAGGUUAUUUCAUCUUUCCACUAAUUUGUCUCUCUUUCCCCAACAUCAGUUUUUCUUUCUUUCCGUUCUUCGCUCUCUCUCUCUCUUUUCAUCGUCCCUUCUCUUCUUCAUCACUGCUUCACUCAAUGAUGAAGAAAAUGAUUUAUUAAUUAUUUUUUCAUUUUAUUUCUUAUAA